ACUUGGCCAUGUCAGCAGUGGCGCACUUUGAAAACAGCCCAGCCCAGUCUCUGGCACAGGUGUCCCACGUUCCUUGGCAGAUAGAAGAAGAGGAAGAGGAUGACCCAGCCCCCCUUGUGUUCCACCAUCAUUAUGCCCCCUACCCAAGCAUUAUUCCGUUCAUGGGAUGGCAAUCUCCAUCUCGGGUUCAGCAACAACCUGCCAUUCGCCAUGUAGGCCCAGAUCCUCAGAUGACAGGGAGGCAAGACAGGGAACCAGUCCCUCCACCGCCACCACCAAGCGCCACUGGAACUGUGAUGGCCGAUGUCCCACCAGCUUCAGGAUUAUUUGCUUUGUGGUGCGGCAAAUGAAAUAUUUCCUUGGCAUCAAGUUCGCAGUUCAAGGCUUCGAGAAUCUGAAUACCGAGGGGCCAUAUAUGGUUGUUGCCAACCAUCAAUCCAUUCUCGAUAUUCUGGGAUUGCUGGAGGUAUUUCCCGACCACUGUGUGAUACUUGCCAAAAAGGAGGUUAUGUACAUGGGCCCGGUGGGCUUCGUCUGUUGGUUAUCCAAAUUCAUUUUUAUCGACCGAAGUAAUAAGCGCUCAGCCAGAGACGCCAUGGAUGACGUCGCACGGACCCUGCUGCAGCAGAACCUGAGGGUCUGGGUUUACCCAGAAGGCACCAGGAACCGGACGGCCACCAUGCUUCCUUUCAAGCGAGGAGUCUUCAGUGUGGCUGUGAAGGCUCAGGUCCCCAUAAUCCCUGUUGUGACCUCCUAUUAUCAACAACCCCCCAACCUCAAAGAUGGUCAGAGGCCUUUUUUUUGUAGAGAUAAGUGGACCAUCCAGAUUUUGCCCAAGAUAGAAACACGAGGCCUUGGGACAGAAGAUGUUCCUGCACUUGCUGACAGCACACGGAAACUGAUGCUGGAUACUUUCAAUGAGAUCAGUGGGCAUAUAGUUUUAGGGAAAGAUACCAGAGAUUGAGUGCCUCCUUAUCAUGGAAGACUGGGGGGACCCACCAACCAGGAAGCUAGACAAGAACUUUGCUUCAGUCCAACAAGAAGAGGACAGAGGAAACGCCUCACUCCACCCAGACACAACUAAGCUAUAUUAUGACAUGAUCCAGGCAUCUCUCCAGCCCACACCUCUUUUAUUUAAAGGAACAACAAUUCUAUAUAGCAGCACUAUUGAAACGUCUGAUAGUUCCGCUAUUCAGUCACCCAUGCUACCUUGGGCUGAGAUUCCUAAAGUUGGAAAGGUUGCUCUGAUUUUUCGCCCACCAAUUCUGCAAUUAUUGUUAGCUCUCAUUAAUAUCUCACCUUUCCUCUAAAGAGCUGAAUGUGAUAUAUAAGAUUCUUCCCUUCUCCAUUUUAUCCCCACAAGAAACCUGUGGUGUAGGUUAGGCUGGGAGAUGGGUGACUAGCCCAAGAUUAGCUAGUGAGCUUCAUGACUAAGUUGGGAUUUGAACCCUGGUCUUCCACAUCCUAGUCCAACAGCCUAACCCUUCUCCUACAUUCAGCUGUUGCCCUGUAAUUUCAAAGAGUCUUUCUCUCUCCAGAUUUUGUUCUCUCUCUCUCUCUCUCUCUCUCUCUCUCUCUCUCUCUCACACACACACACACACACACACGGUUUUACAAUUUAAUAUUCAGGCAAAUAACACAAUAUAACAUUUAUCAUUUAAAAGAAAAAAGAACCCUUCCUCCCCAUGAUUUCCCUCAACUUCCACUUCUGGAUCUUUAAAUAUUUACUACUUCUGCUUAAUUGUUCUCGUUUUUAUGAUCUUGUAUCUGAAUACUAUUAAAAUCUUACCAUUUUUAUACCAAAUUUUCUUUCAUAAUUACAUCUUACACUCAAUUCCAUUCCAUAUUAUUGUUUCUUUACCUUUAAACUUGUUUUCUUACUUUUAAGUGUUUAAUCAAACCCUGCUAGUGAGUCCAUUUCUUUACAGUAUUUCUGUAAAUACAACAGAAAAGGUUCCCAGUCUUUUUUAAAAUCUUCAUUGUCAUUGUAUCUGAUUCUUUCUGUAAGUUUCACCAUUUCUGCAUAUUCCAUAAGUUUGACUUGCCAUUCUUCUUUCGUUGGUAUCUUGUCGUCUUUCCAGUUUGGGGCUAGGAGAAUCCUAAACAACUUCUUCCGCUUUUUUGGUAAUUCCUGUCCUAACAAAAAUGCUUCUGGUUUUUUAACAAGUGUUAUUUGAAACAUCAUCUUCAAAUCAUUAUAUAUCAUUUCCCAAUUUUUUUAUUACAAUUCCACCAUAUGAUAAAACGUACCUUCUUUCUCUUUACACUUCCAGCACUUAUUAGAACUAGUUCUAUACAUUUUUGCAAUUUAACAGUAGUUAAAUACCAUCGAUACAUCAUUUUCAUAUAGUUCUCUUUCAAAGUUGUACAGGCAGUAAAUUUUAAAUUGACUUUCCAUAAUUUUUCCCAGUCUUUCAUUUGAAUAUUGUGUCCCAGAUCUUGUGCCUAUUUAAUCAUAACACAUUUGACCUCUUCAUCUUUGGUUUUCCAUUCUAACAAUAAAUUAUACAUUUUCUUCAACAUCAGAUUUUGUUAUUUCAAAGCCCCUAACAAAUGGACUCUGUAGUUAUGGGCUUGACCUGAAUGCAUCAGGUGAACACAACCUGUUUUGAGAUUUGCCACAUCCAAUAAAGAUCUAUGAUAAUUAUGGGUCACAGGUUCCCCACCCCUGCAUUAAAGCCCCUACAUAGCUUGAUCCAUUAAGGAACCUACUCCCAACAUCUUGCUCCACACCUUUUUAAUCAGGGGAACAUUAAUCAAAGCUAUGAACAAAGGAGAGAGGGAUGUUUGUCUUUGAUGCAAUACAAGGAACACCCUAUGACUCUGAAAGGAAAUAUAUCUGUGCCCACUGCGUAAUUCAGUAUUCAACCAAAGUUUUGUAGCUUUGGCCUGGAGGGCUUUUGUUGUCAUUAAAGGAUUUCAUACCUGUUAAGUAGUUUACUGUAGUGCUGCUGACAAGAAAAAUAAAAGCAGCCAGAGAAUAGUGUGAGGAGUAUCAGAGGUACCCACUAAAGGGUUAAGCUGUGUGCUAGAUGUCGCCUGACCACUGGGAGGAGGGAGCAAAGGGGAGGCCAUGUUACAUCCGGGUUACAUCUCUUUGUUCUCUGUGUACAUACUUUAGUUUGUUUUUUUUGGCAGGAAUUUGGAGCUGUAAAUCAAUAAAACAAUUAGUUUAUAAGAAGGACGCUGUUCUUUGUGAUUUAUUAUUGUGCGGCCCCUGCAAGCUCACACACAGACUUCUCGCUGCGACAGAAGAAGAUUUGCUCUGCUAUUCUUUGCCGAGAGCCGCAGAUAAGGAAGCGGCUGGACUAUUCUGAUGUUUUGGCAAAUUACUAAUUACUCAUUAGAAAACUUCACAAAUAGUUCAUUGGAGUUAGUAUAAUAACCAAACAUGCAGGGCUGCCACCUUGAAGGGAGGUAACUCAUGAAGAGGCCUCUCCACAGACAUGCCUAGUGAGCUGCAAGAGGGCCAGGAUAGCAAGAAAAUAAGCCCAGGCUACGUUGCCCCAAUGCACAUACAGCUCAUGCCACCAAACCAAGCGCCAGGAAUUCUGAAAUUCCAUGUGACAUCUCAACAAACCUGGUCAGCUGCUGCUUGGAGACUCCUGGGGCGCAGUUAGAGAUUCUGACAUGUUCAAGGGUAGCAAGAGGCCUGCUCGCUUAGCAACCACGAAGCGACAGGACAAAAUCGUUUACUUCUUCUGCUGCCGGUAUUUUGGCUUCUGCUCCUUGCGUUUCUGGGAUUUCUUGAGGCGGCUGUCCACCACUUUGAAGUGGCCCUUGACUCCGGCCAGACCUUCCGCCCAGCGCCCUUUUGGGCCACAAGGUAGGUCACCUGCAGUUUCUCCUUGCCUAUCCCUGCCUUCUUGUAAAUGCUGUUAUUGGAGAAGGGGGGAACACACAGGGAAAGUGGAGAUACAAGCAAAAGGCUUCUCUUCAGAAUCUCUCAUCAAACCCAAUCCUGCCACCUCUUGAGGAGAAACACAGGCCCUUGACCUGCCUGAUCAACCACUUUGCUGUCACCCCUAACCUUCAUUUCCAAAGGAACCCUGGCCUACUGCUCUCAUGUUUAUUGAGUUGCUAUUUUACUUAUUCAAUUCAGAUCCAGCCUUUCCUGCGAAAUAGGGAGGUUAUCCCUCCUCCCUGUCUUCUCACAAGAAGCUAGUGAGGUAAGUUUGGCUGAGAGACAGGGUCACCCAGUAAGCUUCAAGGCUAGAAUAUGGUGGCGAGGUUGCUUGUGGGGGCAAAGUACUGCCAUCACAUAAUACACCUCGCUUGUGCGAUUUGCACUGGCUGCCAAUCCUCCACUGGGUCAAGAUGAAGGCAGAGGCGGAGCAAGGGGGUGCAGUGGGGGCGGGCCGCCCCGGGUGUCAUCCCGAGGGGGUGACAUUCGGUGUGCUGCCCGCCCGGUGCCUGCAACUCCCAAGCGUACCCCGAGCAAAGCGGCACCAGCAAAGCAGCGCAGCUCGUCCUCUCCCCUGCCUGCCUGCCUGCCUCCUCCAGCUGGGAGCGCGGGGAAGAGGGGGAAUUGUUCCUUCUGGAAAGCUGAAAUGCUCACACUGACAAAACUACUACCAUAGCAAAGGUAAGGUAAAAGGUAAUGGACUCCUGGACUAUUAAGCCCAGUCAAAGGUGACCAUGGGGUGCAGUGUUCAUCUUGCUUCAGGUCAAGGGAGCCACCCUUUGCCUUUCCACUGCAGCGGUAACUAUUUAUCUACUUGCACUGGCGUGCUUUUGAACUGCUAGGUUGGCAGAAGCUGGGACAGAGCAAUGGGAGCUCACCCCAUCACAUGGAUUUGAACCGCCAAGCUUCCAAUCAGCAAGCCCAAGAAGCUCAGUGGUUUAGACCACAGUGCUACCCGCAUCCUUACUACCAUAGCACUAUGUUGACAGGGGCUCUAUGCCUUAAUACAGGGGUGGCCCUCCAGAUGUUGGAUUCCCAACUCCAAUAAACCCCAUGGCCAAUACGGUAGUUAAGGAUGCUGGUAGUUGUAGUUCAGCAACAUCAGGAGGGCUAUCCCCUAUCAUGCAGAUAUUAAAAGGCACAGAGAAAAAGCUGACCAUCCUUGAAGCCCAAUUUAAAUGUGUAUGUGUAUAUGUUUGAUUAUGACUUACCUCCAAAGGUUUAGAAGCAUAGCAGGUAUCAGAUUUAAAUGAAAUGCAUGCAAUUGGAGCACAUCAGCGCCGCAUGCAUCCCAGCACUCAGAAAGCUGCUGUGACCAGAUUGCAAAGCUCUUCAUGGGUAAAAAUCAUUCACAUCUGUUCCAUUUUGGACACCACAUUAGCAGUAGUUUUAGAUGCACUUUCCAGUUUGUAUGUGGGCAGGAUCCUUAAAGUAUUUAGGGCAAUCACCUGCACACUUAAUGGGGGGGGGUUGACAAAAAAAACCCAUCGGGCACCACCUGACCUUGCUACGCCUCUGGAUGAAGGUUUUGGUACUAACACAUAAAACCCUGUACAUCUUAGGACGAGGGACCUUGAGAGAAUACUGCAUCCAUUAUUUACCCAGUGGGCCACUGCGUUCUGCCAGAGAGCUUCUCCUUCCAGCUCCAAGGUUAUCAGAAGCCUGCUCCACAAUAACUUUUGGUGUGGGUGUUCUGUGGAGCAGCAUCGCAGCUGAGAUAUGACAGGUCCCCAUG